AUGCAACCCGAUCAGAGUAAUGAUACAUGGGGAGGGUUCCAAAUGGGACCCGAAGGCCUUAUCCCAAUAGACGAAGAAGUAUACCAUAGUCGUCUACCACACUCUUACAACCAAGUGUUAGAAUAUGCUGCAAUUAUUGCUGCUGAUAUGUGGCCACCACCAGGAAUAGACUUACCUUAUGUUCCAGAACCACAGGACAUAAACUUACCCCAUGUGCCAGACCCAGGAGAUGAAGCCUAUUUGGAACUUCUGGAUCUUGAUGCUCUAUCUGUUGAAUCUGUUGUGUCAGCUGCUUCAGCGGUUAUCAUUGAACCACAAAAUCCUAGUCCAACUAUCAUCAAUAUAAGUUCUGAUGAUGAAAAUGAAUAUCCUGAGCCCGUUAUCCCUCAUGUUGAAGUUAUAGAUAUUAGUUCUGAUGAUGAAUAG